AUGUUGCGCAUCAAUAGAUCGCGCCUUGUAGGGUUACUUUGUCUAACAUUAUUCGUAUACUUUCUCGUCUUUACCGAGUCCGGAUCCUCUGCAGGCGAAUUCCGUGCAAACACUGAAGCAGGCCUUGCGCGCAAGCAGCAAAGAGAGCAAGAACUUCCCCUGCGAGGCCAUCUAUCAGACGAAGACUUGACGAAGAAAACGAACGAUGAGCUUCAGGGAAUUUUAUCAAGCCAAAGUAAAGAGCAGCCGGCGAAGGACACAGAUGGUAAUUCUGCAGGCAGCACUUACAGAGAGCCACAGCACAACAAGCCUUCUGUCGAAGAUGUCGCAAAGCAAGGCUGGACAAGAGAAGAGCCUGGCGCUUGGAAGAAGACAAUGAACGAGCAGCUGCCAAAUCAGGAAGCAGAAGAUGCCAGUGCAGCUGGGCAGAAGGCAAUCCAGAAACCAAAGUCAAAUGCGCCUGACACCACUUCAAAGGCACAUGCCGAGGACGAUGAAGUCGAAACUGGAGGUGAUCCAGGCAAGGACUUUGCCAGAGUGAAACUUAUGGAGUACCUCAAAAACCCUGUCGUCAUCUUUUCCAAAUCAUACUGUCCGCACUCGAAGAAAGCCAAACACCUCCUUCUCGAGGUCUACAAGAUCAACCCCAAGCCUGUAGUCGUUGAACUCGACAUGCUUGGCGAGCACGUCCCAUCAUCUCCGUCUGAAGAUUUGGCUCAUGAUGACCACAAUAAAAUCACACUCGGAAAAGCGCUUCAAGACCUCCUUGCUGAAAUCACGGGCAGAAAGACUGUGCCGAAUAUUGUCGUAGGUGGUGGUCACAGUAUCGGUGGAAAUGACAACAUAUGGGAGAUGCACGAAACGGGUCAUCUGGCUGAAGAGAUCAAGAAGUUUGGUGGACGAAGAAUUGUUAGUGUUGAUGUGCAGGAAGAGUGA